AUGGCACAGCUAAAGAUCCUCAUCAGCGGCGGGGGCAUCGCCGGCAACGCCCUCGCCUUCUGGCUCGCAAACCUGGGCCACGACAUCACCAUCGUCGAGCGGUUCCCCAGCCUGCGGGCCACGGGCCUGCAGGUGGAUCUGCGCGGCCACGGAAUCGAAGUCAUGAGACGCAUGGGCCUCGAGGAGGCAUUCCGCUCCCGGUCGGCCCCGGAGCAAGGCCUACAAAUCGUCGACGGCUCGGGACGGCGGUGGGCCUACUUCCCCGCAAACAAGUCCGGCAAGGGGCUGCAAGGCUUCACCACCGACUUCGAGAUCAUGCGGGGCGAUCUGUGCCGGCUGCUGUCCGACGCCAUCGGAGGCCGGGCCAAGUACAUCUUCGGGACGUCGAUCGAGAGCUUCGAGGAGAAGAACCGCUGCGUCGAGGUCCGCUUCGCCGACGGGACGACGGACGGGUUCGAUCUCGUGAUCGGCGCCGAUGGCCAGGGCUCGCGCACCCGCAAGAUGAUGCUCGGAUCUGAUACUGCUGAUGGAUUCCUGCCGUUCGGCGACGUCUACGUCGCGUAUUUUACCAUUCCGCGGCCGAUGCGAGAGGGUGACGACUACAUCGCCACGUCGUACAUGGCGCCCGGCGGCCGGGCCGUGUUCGUUCGGAGACACAGCCCACAUGCGAUCCAGGCCUACCUCUUCAGCAAGACGAAGUCGGACAAGCUCAAGAACAUUCGCCGGGGAGACGCCAAGGAGGAGAAGGCGGCCUUUGCGGAGAUCUUCAAAGGCGCGGGGUGGCGGACGGAAGAGAUCGUGAAGGCUCUUGACGAUGUCGACGAUUUCUACUGCGAGCGUAUGGGUGUCGUGAAGCUGGAUUUUUGGUCCCGCGGCGGCGUGGCCCUGGUUGGCGACGCCGCUUAUUGUCCGUCGGCAAACACGGGCAUGGGCACUUCCUCCGCCAUGGUGGGCGCUUACAUCCUCGCCGGCGAGAUCGGGAGACACUGUGGACGUUUUGAUGGAGUGGACGCUGGUGGACGGGGAGGUGGUAAGGAUGGUCUCGCAGCUGCGCUCGAGGCUUAUGAGAGAAAGUUUCGGCCCUUCAUGGACCAGGUGCAGAAAGGGUUGCCGAAGAAGGAUGGGGUCUGGGAUAUGCUGUCAUCGACGUCGUUUGGUGUUGUUGUCAUAAACUUCUUCUUGUGGGCGGCUGCUUUGUUAAAGAUCAAUAUUUUUGGCUGGAUUCUCCGUGAAGACGUCAAAGGAUGGGAUCUCCCGGACUACAAAGAGUUGUUGCAGCAGUAA